GUGAACCUUCCAGGUGGUCAUCUUCCCACUGUGACUGCUGCUGCAAGAACGGCAAAGGUGACAAAGGAGGGGAGAGUGGCACGUCAUGCAACGACCUCUCUACCUCCAGCUGCGACAGCCAGUCUGAGGCCAGCUCUCCCCAAGAGACGGUCAUCUGUGGGCCCGUGACACGCCAGACCAACAUCCAGACUCUGGAUCGUCCCAUCAAGAAGGGCCCAGUCCAGCUGAUCCAACAGUCAGAGAUGCGGCGGAAGAGUGACCUACUCCGGACUCUGACUUCGGGCUCCAGGGAGUCGAACAUGAGCAGCAAAAAAAAAGCUGUUAAGGAAAAGCUGUCAAUUGAGGAGGAGCUGGAGAAAUGCAUCCAGGAUUUCCUAAAGAUCAAAAUUCCAGAUCGGUUCCCCGAGAGAAAGCAUCCUUGGCAAUCUGAACUUUUACGGAAGUAUCAUCUAUAGG